AUGGCCAAGGGAAACACGCAGAUCGAGAGGAUCACAGAGGCGCCCGUCGAGUUCGUGAAAGAGGGCGCUGCUUUCGUGCAGAAAUGUAAAAAACCCAACACCAAAGAGUUUUCGAAGAUUGUCCGUGCCGUGGGCAUUGGGUUCUUGGCGGUGGGUAUCAUUGGCUACGCGAUCAAGUUGGUGCACAUUCCUAUCAGAUACCUGAUCGUUUGA